ACCUCGUAUGUAACUUUGUGAGUGAUUUUUUUGUCCUAAAUUAGUUACAGAACUACUGUUAAUAAAAGUUCAAUAGCAAUAAGAAGGUUUAAAUGAUUACUUUUAUUUUAAGUCAGUUGAUAUUCAGCCGGCAGGUGCUAAACUUUGUUUUCAGAACUGCGUGGCAUCAUAGGGAUGACUAACGAGUGUUUAAAACAAGCGAACCCAACCUAAUAGAUCAAAAGAGUAAUACGCGACAGUAAAAUAAACAAUUAUUACUUCAUUAUAUGACGCGCGGUUGAGAGAUUGUACGAUUAUUACAAAACAAUUGAUGUCUUUCCGCAAACUAUAAUGACGUCACACCUAGUUCUAGAAACAAAGUUCGAACAGUCGCUACGAUAUCUAUGUUUUGUCAUAAACAGUUUCAUAGAAAAUCGACAACAACGAUCGCGGCUUUAAUAUGAGUUCUGUAUUUCUGGUUAUGUCGUUUUGGGCGUAAUGACGACUGUCGUUUUAUUGUUUAUCGUUAUUGCCGUUGUUUCGUUAUAGUUAAUUACUCAACCUUUGUUAACGCAUUCAAAGAGAUAAAAAAAAGUUCAAACAGAGAUUCGUUUAUAUUUUCGAUUACAAUAACAAUUGUCAUAUUAAUUUGACUUGGGAGGAGAAGGUACUUUCAUCCAAACGACAGUCGUUAUAGCACGGUAUAUUUGUUUAUAACUCACGUAUGUGACUUAGUGUUUUAAUAUAACGCAGUAGUGCUCAUAAAGUUACAGGAAGGACUACAUGACCUUUAAACGUUGAAAGCGAACGAUUAAAUUUGAGAAUAACUCGUAAUCUGAUCAAACCUACGGCGACUGAAGUGACAUUUAAACGUAUGUGCGUUUACCUUUACCAGGUAUAUGAGGCUGGGUGAAGGUGAUGCUACGGUACACAUAGCUUGGUGUGGCACCACAUUUUUUAGAAGUUUUAUUAAAGCCGAAAAUAAAGCAAUAGCAAAUUGUACCAAAUAAUCCCUAAAAGAACAGAGGAGUAGGUGAGUCAGAUUUUUAAACUAGAAGCAAAGUUGCUAUUAUAGGAAUAAAUUUUAAAUUAAAUCAAAGCCAAUGAAUAGGCAACGGCGUAUUGAAAGAAAAAGGGAAAUGAAUAUCGCGAAACGCAUCAGACUUUAAGUUGUUAACAAAGUGCAGACGUAUCGCCAAUGCACACGUGAUCCCAUGAUGGAUUGAUCCAUCUGUGACGUCACAUAGAGUUCGAGCCAAGACAUGAAAGGUUGGGAACAUCAGUUAAGAUGUGCGACCAAUGUAUCCUUGGAUGACGUAGUGCUCUUUUGAUUUUAGCGCCGAGAUAAAAAGACGCGUUUGUCUGGCGGAUGAUUUAUUCAUAGGUCAUAUCAUUACAGGUUGAUGCGAAGGUUAUUCUUCGUCUUCUAGACCAAAAUAGUGAACAUGAACUGUGUAUUGGUAGGGGUGGCUGUUGCUGUUAUGUUAUGUAUAUCUUGUGGCGGGUGUGUUAAAACAGUGGAGUCAAGAAUACAACAACUUAGUGAGGGUAACAUUACAGUUGAAAGUGCUAAGGUUGCAAAGUUUGUGCCGAACCGGGGUUCGAUGCUCGUGUAUAUGGAUCGAUUGAACGACCAAGACGAAGCUACGUUCAUAGAGGAAUGCAAUUCUAGAAGGUUCGACUUCACUGUUUAUUACAGAAUGGUUUAUUUCCGGCUAUGCAACGUCACAAACGAACAUAAAGUUUUAGAACGCGUGACAAGGAAGAGUCGAUUCGACGAGCUUUGUCGCGUAUUUAACAAUGGAAACGACGAUGAAAUUCGAAAUCUGGGAAAGAAAUAUAAAAUAUUCGGAGCCGGGAUCGAAGCAGACGAACGACAACUUACCGUGAAGGCUUGUGACUUCAUCAACGAUUAUUAUAACGAGAAAACCGCGCUGAACGCGACCUUGAGUUAUCCACGUUAUACAGAAUGGUUGAUUCAUUCGGUGCCGUUUAAUCUACCUGUGGCGUGUGGGUUUACGCGGGAAAGAUACAAUUCAUCUUCCACACCUUCGUCGUAUAACUGCCUCGCUACGUCACAUGUUGCGUCAUUAUACGUGACGUAUUUCAUCGAUUCCUGCAUUCUGACUCUCAUCGUCAUAAGCAACAUUGUCAUACUGACAGUGACGUGGAACACGAAAAGCAUGCACACCGCGCACGGAUUAUUUCGCUCCUCCCUCGCAUCGGCGGAUCUAAUCAUAGCUAUUGUUGUCGGUGGAUCCAUGAACACAACCAGGAAAAUCUACUUCGGCCCUCAUAAGUUCUUGGGGGAAGGAGAGUAUCCGAGUAUGAUGGAUUAUUUGUCACAAGUCUACAUUGAUACGUUCGGAGCUUUGACAGUGAUGUCGUUAUCUGCUUCUAUACUGACGCUGGCGUGCACUUCAGUUGAUAGAUUCGUAGCAAUAUUGAAACCACUUCGUUACAAACUGAGUACACGAGGUUUCCUCAAGAUUGGUUUUGCUUUACUCGUAGUGGUUUGGUUGGUAAGCUUUGCUGUUUCCAUCUACCCUGUGUUCGACCAUCACUCGCCCUAUCAAGUCACCGCACUUGGUGUCAUCAUUGCAGUGAAGGCAUACCCAGUUUAUAUAUCAGUGAUGGGAAGCGCCUUGCUUGUAACAUGGGUUGUGAACAUAUGGAUUGUUAUCCUUGUGAAGCGGCGGAUGGACAAGACCAAACAAACGAAAGCUUCCAACAGAUUAUCAGCGCAUUUCAAUGCAACUCCGAAGCGACAAUCCAGUGCAAACGGGAACACAAACAACACAUAUAACGUUGAAGAUGGAAGGUAUAGUGAAGAUAGGAAUGGAACCAAUAACAACAACAACAACAACGCCUCACAUAGCGAUAGACCCGGCCAAGUAACAGUUUCAAGAAAUUCAUCAAGCGCUUCAACCACACAAACCAAAAGCCAGGUUGAGAUUGCUUUAGCGCAGACGGUGCGGAUGGUGGUAGGGGCGCUAACUUUAGCAAUCCUUCCUUCAAUCGCUGUUAUGGUAGCGGGGACGACGCUGGUACUCGAACCCAGAAGUUCUAAGUUUAACCCACAAUCCAAAGCAGCGUGGAACAGCUUCGCAUACAUUGCUUCAAGAGUAUUAUUCGCGAAUUCCUUUUUCAAUUGCUUCAUCUACAGUUACAGAAACAAAGGAUUCCGAACCGCCUCGAAACGCGUCCUCUCGUUUCGAAGUCUCAGACGAGACAGCAACGGAUCGCAAGCAAAAUGCCAACCACCAAGGAACGGUAACUAGUUACAAUAUCGCAACAAGCACAAGCUACGUUGAUAAUAUUGGUCUGCAAACAUGAGGAGGUAUAGUUAUACAUAGCGUGUGCGCCAUUUUACCGGAAAUUGAACAAAUCACGCGAUCUUUUGAAUUGAUUCUGAUAAAUGUACUUUUACCAACAGAAGAUCCUUUAUGUGAUGAAUGAAUGUGACAUUUUUACAACAACAGUCGUUAUAACACGGGUCUUCUCUUUCAUACACCUCGUGCCUGCUUACAAGUUACCACGUAUGU